AUGAUUAUGCAUAUAACAGAGGCUCAUUGCUUUAAACCGGUCGUUGUAGACCAAGCUCCAAAUGCAAUGCAAUGCCCAAUUUGUGAUGCAGAAUUUAAUUAUAAAGUGCAGCGGGAUCAGCAUAUGAAGGCAUAUUUGAUCGAAAAAAUUAAUUUAAAAAAUUUUAAGAUGUGCCGUCGUGAUCUUACCAAACUUCGCAAUAUUCAAAUGGGUAGAGCUGUUGAGGAUAUAAACGUUAUUAAUCGUUGGCUGUGGGAUAAACCGCCAAUUGAGCCUUCUAUUUUAAGUCAACAACAGGAGGCAGCUUCUCAACAGAGACAGCAACAACUUCGUCAACAACAACUACAACAACAAAAAAUUAAGCAACAACAAGCCGUUGCAGCUUUUCGGGGUUCUGCAACGCCAAAUCAAGUUUUGCCACCUCAACAACUUUUACGGCAACAACGGGCUUUGUUAAUGAGUGGAGGAAAUUCUGUUUCGCCUUCUUUGGCUUCUCGUCUUGGUAUUCAACAACAAACACGCAACAAUCAACAAUUAUUGUCUUCACUUUCGCCUGCACAGCAAAAACAAUUGGCUACUUUAACAGCUGCUUCAUUGAAAGCUGCUGGCGCUUCUGGAGGUUCAGAUACAAUUCCUACAGUUGGCGAUGUACUGCGAUUUGCUAAGGAUAGUAACGAACCUGGAAGUGUUGCAAUGAAAGCUCAAAUGCUUCAAUUACAAAAGAACAAACAAAUUCAGCAAAAAUCAAAUCAAAUAUUGGCUGCAGCUGCCGCUGCAGCAGGAGUAAAAACUAGUAGCAGCCCUGCUGCACUGGCACAAGUGCGAACUUUGAAUAAAACAAACACCGGUACUUCAACACCGGAUGCUGCACGAAAAAUAGCUCAAAUAUGUGAAAUUUGCGAUGCUAGUUGCCGUGACCGCGAUAAUUACCGAAUCCAUUUGCAAUCUAAGCACAACCAAUUGAAAGGCAAAACAGCUACAGAUAUGGCACAGGGAGCGCCUUUAGCUUGUAGCCGUUGUAGAGAACGUUUUUGGACUUAUGAAGGCCUUGAGCGUCAUUUACUCAUGUCCCACUACCUAGUAACUUCUGAUUUGCUAGCGAAAGCACAAUCGAAAACCGAUGGUUGUCGUUGCAAAUUAUGCGGGAAGGUCUAUGCAUUUAAUAUUCUAACACAUUUGAAUAAUGACCACAACAUUAAACUUUGCAGUGCUGAAAUAAUGUAUUCAUGUGACGUUUGUUCCUUUAAAUGUAGUUCAUAUCAAAAGUUGGAAACUCAUCUUUCUGAACAACAUCCAAAAACACGUUAAAAAGGAAAGAGGAAUAUUUGAGAAAUUAUGUGGAACUUAAUAAAGAAAUUAAUUUUUAAUAAAAAAAGAGUUUUGGGGUUAUUUUGUUAUGGUAUUUUUCUUAGUUUUUAAUUAUUCUUAUUUGUAACUUGAGGAAUGUUUUUAAAAAUUAUUUUCUCGAAUGUGUAGUUGUUAAAUAACACCUAGUUGUUAAAGGAGGUAUCCUCUAUGUAUCAGAAAUGAGACGUUUUGAGAAAAAGUCGGGUCGGGGGGAUUAAAGGAGGGAAUGUCUCAAGCUUGAAAUUAUUUGGGGAAGAUAUCCAAUCCACUAAUUUCUACAUUAAGCCUACGAUACCCUCUCCGAAUUCCUUGAUCGACAACCUACCAAAUCUCUUUAUAUUCCUCCAAAUCCACCGAAAACCUUCCAAAUCCCUAAUAUUUAUGUCAAAGCUUAUAAAAAUUUAUCAGCGAAGAUUAUAUAUAAAAAAUACUUCAUUCAAAUAAAAUCACUACAUUAUAGGGUAGCAACCCGACUCUUC